GUGUGCUCUUUCCAUUGUGACAGAGGCAAAACGCAACGCGUAACGGAAGUCGUUGCUUAGCAUCGUCACAAAAGCGAGACGAGAAUUUCAUAGUUCCCAACCAAACACACUGCAAACUCUUUCAUUCCCAAAUUUCAAACGCUUUUUUCGGAACAAAGACAAUGUCCACUAGAUUUCGAGGAUCACAAGAACACCAACAUGGUUCUUCUUCCACCAGCGACACUUCACAUGUUCCCCCAGCUCAAGCUGCUCGAUUUAUUGCUAUUUUCAAGGAUAAAAGUGUUGAUGAGUUGCGGAAGCUUAUAUCUGACAAAGACUCGUAUCAGGAGUUGUUGCGUUCACUUGAUGACUUCAAGAUUCAAAAUAAGCUGAAAGAUGAACUUUGCAAGGAGAAUAUGAAGCUUGUCGAGGAAAAUCUACAAAAGGAACCUCGUAUUGUGGAACUCAGGAACCAGUGUAGAAUAAUUUGGACGACUGAGUUAGCUGCUGCUCAAGAGAAAUUAAACGAGCUUGAGAAGCAGAAAGAUGAAAUGUUGAAGUUGAAUUCCCCAGUAUCCCUUUUCCAAAAGAUUCAAGAGGCUAUGAAUAAGACAGAAGAGGAAUCUGAAAAUCUUCACCAGCAAGUCCUUGACAGAGAGAUUGACCUUGGAGCUUUCUUACAGAAAUACAAGAAGCUGCGUACCGCUUACCACAGGAGAAGUCUCAGACAUCUUGCAGCUAAAACAUCAAAUAUAUGAGGCAUCACAUAAGGAAUACGA